AUGAGAAGUUUUUGCUUCACAGAGACCCAGACUCAGUGCUGUACCUCCCUUCCAUUUCAGGAACUGGGUUUCGCACUCAACGACCCCCCAAUCCCGAUCUCUCUCUCUCUCUCUCUCUCUCCAAUUUCACUACUUGCAGUCAUUUUCUCUCAUAUCCUUACCGAGCCUAGCAUGCACAACCACAAUCAACAGCAGCAAUCAUUUGCUCUUCAUCAUCCCAAAGUCCCAGAAUUCCCAUAUAAUCGGAAUCAAGCAGAAAGGUCAUCGUUUACUCGACAAUUUUCGGAGGGAAAUCGUGUCAGAGCGACAAGCCACGGGAGAAUUCUCUUUUGGAUAUAACUUGCAAGCCCAUAACUUGUAAUCUUCCUUUAAACUCUUUUGCUUUUUGGGUUGGAUUUGUUCAGAAUUGUAUUUUUUUUUCUUAUGGUUGUCAAUUUUUUGGAAAGAUUAU